AUGUCAAGUAAUCCUGCUAAACAUAUUGGCAUCAAGCAACAAAAGUUGAUAGAGGAAAGUAUAAAGAACUAUGUGGUAUACUAUGACAAAACUUUCAGUCUGUAUUUAAAAUUACGAAGUGACAUAUUAGAGCUUCACAAUACUGUGCGUUUAUUAUCAACUCACAAAGAGAAAAGAAACACUUCAAAUCCAGAUGAUAAUGAAACUAAAGAGGAAGUUAGUACAGCAGAAGAAAACAGCAUCAGCAAGGAUGAAAUCGAACCUGACAAUAUUAAAAUAGACGAAGCAGAUGCCGAGUCGUUCAAAAAUAAGCUAGCGGAGGCUGCAGUUAGAUUAGAACAAUUGAAAUUUGAGGCAGACAAAGUUCAGAUCACCUAUGAAUCAUAUUUGAAUGAGUUAAGAAAUAUUUUGGCGAUCGAGUCUCGCAAGCAUGCAGAAGGUUACCAACCUGAAGUUCUAACAGACGCAAAGAAUAAAUUGAGCUCACUAGUUAACCAAGAGACGGAAUUGAAUGCCAAAAUCGACGACAUAAAAACCGUGCAGAAGCCUUUAUUAGACAAAGUCACUAACCUUGUCAGCAAUUUUAAUUCAAACAUUACUAGUUCCACAGCACGGGUGAUUCAUCCAUCCCUAUUACGUAAUAUUGAUGAUGAAGGUACAGAGAACAGUGUCCAAGUCAACUACAACCACUUGGUAUUUGCCAAACUGGAUAUUAGCCGAUUUUUUGCGGAGAGGACGGCAGUUAGUGAAUUAAAUGAUGUUCUUUUAUCACAAGUACACGAUAUUUUAGAGAGUAACAGCAGAGUAUUUGACAAAGUUGAGACUCAAAGUUCAAGCGAGGAUUCGCAAAAGCUACUUUACAAAUUGGCAAGAUCAAGUUUACACGAUAUUAAUCAAAAUACAGACUUGGAUGAGUAUGAUGAUUUGAUUGAUAAAGCUAUUAAGGAUAUUUCUAUAUCGUACCAAGAGAACCAAGUUAUCAAGGCUCAAUGGUCCAAACAUGCACGCAAAGUUGAAAAGAUCAAGCAUAUAUUGGAAGAACAAGAUGAAGAUGGCGACAUAGAAAUGAUCUAA